AUGAUGUUAAUGCUCGGAUUCCAAUUUGCGGCUCCGAAUUGUCGAGUGAGCGAACCUGCCUCCUCCAAGCCGACUACACGAGCUCAUACCGCAUGUCGACCGAGUUUUCAUCACGCCGCGGUACAACACGCUCCGGUUUCCAGCUACAGCAUCAGGAGCCCCAUUACCUGGGAAAAGGGCACCGAGGCUGAACAUCCGCUGCUCUUCAAAGUUGACACGAAUCCAGACGUGAAGAGGCGCAGAACAGCCUGA